AUGUUUUCAUUAUUAAUAAUCAAUAGAAAUCUUCGAAAUCUUCAGCAAAUAUCUUGCCGUCUGUUAUCAUCUUUAUCAAAGAACUACAUAUGUGAUUCGUCUGUCAUCGAAGCUUAUCAUACAAAUCCACAAUUAAAAUCAAUUAUUGAUCGACAAGAACAUCAAUUCUAUUAUCAUGCUGAUAGUAAAAUAAAACAAGAACUACCAUCUGUUUUCAAACAAAUUUCAAGUGGUUCUCAUUCUCCAAAAAAUCCAUAUUAUCUCACCAAUUCGACAUCUGAAAAUACAAUUGAUCAUACAACAUCAAACAAAAUAUCUAUUGAUGAAUUUAUUAAAAUAACACCAUGGAAUGAUCGUGGUAAGGGUAAAUUUCCAGGUUUAAUUGGUAUGGAAAUUUUAUCUAUGUCACAUGAUUAUGUUUCUUGUCAGCUUAAAAUUCGUGAAGAACUUCUAGCACCAAAUGGUUAUCUUCAUGCUGGUGUUGUUGUUACUCUAGCUGAUACAGCUUGUGGUUAUGGUUGUAUGUAUUCCAAACCUUCUAAAGCUAAAUCAUUUACAACAAUUGAAUUAAAAUCAAAUUUUAUCGGAACAGCAAAAGCACAAGCCGUAUUAACGUGUGAAGCUCGUUUAAUUCAUCAAGGAAAAACAACACAAGUUUGGGAUGCCCAAAUGUACACAAUUGAUUUUAUAUUAGCUCAUGUACCAAGAUUACGUUGA